AUGGCGUACACAGCACCCGGCGGAAAGAAGCGAGUUUGCUACUAUUACGAUGGUAAACGUCACAUUUACUCUUAACAUCACAUAAACUAGCUGAUAAAUAACUUAAGUCGAGUUUUGCGAAGUUUCAAGACUUUUCUUGGCGUUUAAGUUGGCUAAUUUUGUCUUCAUGGUUUUACCAUCUUUUUCGUGUUCCAAACAAAGGUGACAUCGGGAACUACUAUUACGGUCAAGGCCAUCCGAUGAAGCCGCAUCGUAUUCGAAUGACCCACAACUUACUUUUGAACUAUGGCUUGUACAGGAAGAUGGAAAUCUACGUAAGUAUAUAUGCUGGUUCUCUUUAUUUUCUGAGUAGAAAUAAUUUUAAGUUGAUUAGGCUGUCAAAAUUAUUUCUUCCCAGCUAAUUUGCAUACAUUGAAAUGAACAUCUUCACGCUAUUUUUUUCUUCUACUCUUAAAAUUUAGCGCCCUCACAAAGCAAAUAUGGACGAGAUGACUAAAUACCAUUCAGAUGAUUACAUCAAGUUUCUGAAGACCAUAAGGCCUGAUAAUAUGUCUGAGUACACCAAACAAAUGCAAAGAUGUAAGUACGGAAGAAAUUAAAAUAUGACUAGCAUGCGGUUUCCCAUUCAUUCUUCCACUCACUUUUCGAUAAGCAGAACGGAAAUUGUUCCUCCAGGUUUUUUUCAGGGACGAUUUCACGAAAACUGUGUUCAGCUGUACAUGAUAUGCCAUCGUACAUUUAUCUAUGGAAGCUAAAUCAGGGGAAAAGGUGGACACUAUAAUAAUGAGAUAGUCUUCCCAUUUUAAACAUCUCCAUUGCCUUGUAAUGAAUGGCAUAUAUUGAUCUUGUGUGGUCUUUGAUCUUUGGUUACCCAUUUACUGCAAAAUAACGUAAGAGGAAAUUCUGAAUCAAACUAGCUUAAAUGCUGGUUUUAUGUAUAAAUAGAACAGAUUUUACCCACACAAUUUAUCUUGUAGUUCAGUUUAUCUAUGGUUCAAAUUUUAUUUUGUCUUUAUUUUAGGUAUGGCAAUGCAUGAUACAAAAUCAAAUGGACAAAAUUUUAACCAUAGAUAAAACUGAACCGCAAUAUUAACUUUAUGUAUUGGAAUAAAGUAAAAUUAUAACAUCACAAAUAUUAGAAUUUGUGAAAUUAUGGCAUUUGUUGAGACUACCUGAGAGAGAAAGACAGAAAAAAGCCUCCUAGCUGAAAGUUAGGGUAUCAGUGAUUGAUAGUGAGAUAUUGGUACUGCUGUGAUCUGAUGCAUGACCCAGUACAUAUACUUGUACAUUUGACUUGGAUCAAAGUGUUAUGAUCCAGGUUUAUAUAUUGAGAGGCAUUUUUGUAUGGAAUGAUGCUAAUAAGGCACCCAAAACUGGAGGAAAUACUGGUUUUUGGCAGGGAGUUAUUUUUUUCGUGCUCUUUCUAACAGAUCCUAUCAUUUCACAAAUUGUUUUUAUGACAUCAUAACUUCUUUACUUUUUCUAAGAGGUGAGACUAUUUACAGUGUACUCAUCAUCUCUUUUCACUCUAAGUAUUAUGUCAACGACAAAGUGAAGGUAUUUUAUUUUGUCGUUUCCAUUUUCAGCUUCAGAUUUAUUCAGAAAAAAAAUAGUUUUACAGUCAACCGCCCUGUUUGUAGCUAAUCAAGGUGGCCCCGAAUUUAAGAGAUUAAGGGAAGGAAAUAUUUAUUAAAUUCCAAUCGUUUUUAUUACUAUCGUAUAGCUUCAUUUUUACAACUAAUGAAAAUGAAGAUGAAAUUGAUAGAAAGUGGGAAUUAUUAUUUUUCCAGCUUUUUUAAUAUCUUGUGUUGCUGUUUCAGUUAAUGUUGGAGAGGACUGUCCUGUUUUUGAUGGCUUGUUUGAGUUUUGCCAGCUCUCAACGGGUGGCUCUAUAGGUAAGCAGCAGAUUAUGAUUCUGAUCAAUAGCUAAAUAAUUCUGCUGGAGUCUUUCUUGAGGUGUCAAUAAUUUUUGCCCUCUUUUUGUAGCUGGAGCAGUGAAACUCAAUAAACAACAAACAGACGUUGCCAUCAACUGGGCUGGUGGCUUGCAUCAUGCUAAAAAAUCAGAAGCAUCAGGAUUUUGUUAUGUUAAUGACAUUGUUCUGGCUAUUUUGGAGCUCCUCAAGUAAGUAGCUUUGUAUUUACUUUCCUGUCUUUCUCUCUGAAUUUACAUAUAGCCCCUUAAUGGGAAUGGACAAUUUUCUCUCCCCCUAUUGCAUUUCUGUUUUCCAUUUUUGAGUCUCUAAAGUAAGCCAUAGUGACAGAAACAGGAAGCAGAAAGUUUGAGCAGACCACAAUGUUCUUUCAUCCCCAGACAGCACAAACAAAAGAUGGAAAUGAUAAGUUUUUUUUCUCCUGAUAUGAUUCUGUGUCUAUCAUGAAUUUUGCAUGGAGGUAAACCAAAAUGACAGAAAAAAGAAAUGGAAGUGGAGAGGUUUAGCUGAUCAUGCAUAGUGUACAAAUAUUUAUUCUAACAUUUCUACAUGGUCAACUGUCUCAUAAUGAAAAAUGCUAUUACACAGACAUUUCCCUGAAGUGGACUCCUAGAGAUUGUCCCUGCCAUUCUUUAGUCAUUUAUUUUGCUUUCUAUGAGUUGGACAUGUAUCUAAGAUUGCCACUUAAUACUGGUGACAACGGUUUCUCUUUUAGAGACAGCUGACUGUACAGCUGUAUAUGUAACUUAGGAUGUGUAGGUUUGGUUUUUGUAAAAAAAAUACGAGGUCAUAAGAUUAGUGGUUUAAUUAACCUUGCUGUCAGAUCAGAGUUCCAAGAUAAGGUACUUGUUGUAUUGCAUGUUAAUACUGAGUUGUAAUAUUAUUUGUGUAUUCCAAUCAUAUAUUUCAUGACAAAGCUUUUUAUUUCUUUUGUUAGGUACCAUCAACGAGUUUUGUACAUUGAUAUUGACAUUCACCAUGGUGAUGGAGUUGAGGAGGCAUUUUACACCACUGACCGUGUCAUGACAGUUUCAUUCCAUAAAUAUGGGGAAUAUUUCCCUGGUACAGGUGAUCUUAGGGUGAGUGUGUCUGAAGCUAGGGACUUCAAUUCAAAAUUUUGCAGUUUUUUUUUACGUUUUUUACUAGUCUUCUCUUAGCUGAAUAAGGACUUUAUGCACUACACAUCAAUCAAUUUACCAAUAAUUUGUAAAAGAAUGCCUUUGAUGUAGGUGAUUACAUGAACUACUUUGUUGUUUGUUGUUUUAAAGUGUUUUUGCCAUGUGCCUCUCACAUUUUGGUUUUUUAGUGACAUUGUAGUCUACUCAUAAUUAAGUGAAUAAUAAUCUUUUCAAUCCUUCCAUGCGUUUAAAGACAUUGGUGAAAGGAUAAAUAGCCACAUGUUAUGAGUUAACACAUGCAAACAAAGGCUGUUGUAAAUUCUACUGAGAUCACCAAUUCUGCUUCGUUACUUUUGAAAAUACAUAUGAUAUCUGUGAGAAAUUGCAGGAUUAUUAUAACAUUCUACUUCAUUAUUCACAGGAUAUUGGUGCUGGAAAAGGCAAAUAUUAUGCUGUGAACUUUCCCCUGAGAGAUGGAAUUGAUGAUGACUCUUAUGAGCAAAUCUUUAAUCCUGUAAGAAUCAGUUAAAAUGUUUUUGUGACAUUGAAAGAUAAUUUUCCCCUAGAUGUUAAUAAUAAUAUUAUUUAAAUGGCUUUUUUUUUGCAAUGAUGCAGUGGUUAGCUAUGUGUAAAGUUGAAUACCUUCAAGUUUUAAUUCACCUUCCUUCAGUUGGUGUUGUCUAUCAAAGGGUUUGGUAUACUUUGUAACCUAGUUAGCGGAUUGUUAGUGGAUACUGGUCUCUGUGCAUUUACCUCGGUUCCUCCAUUUGAGGAAUUUGUGUUUGCCUUUUAAUUGCUCCCUUGCCAUGCUGUUUCAGGUCAGCACUGCUAUGGCUAUGGUUAUUCUUUCAAUAAUUUACUGUCUGUGAAGAUGGUAGAUACAUGUACUUGUGUAUAACUAGCUUGUGCUGAUGUAUAUUACCUUGUUAUUAUGAAAUGUAUCAAUAAUUUCUACUAUCAACCACUUUGAGCCUUCAGUUCAGGGACAAAUUUUGUUAGCUAAGGCCAAUGUUAUAUUUUUAUUAAUAAUAUCUGCACUUGAUGCUUCUGAGAUUUUGUUCUUUUCAUUGAACCACAAAUAUUAUCAUUUUCUCUCUCAGGUUAUUUCCAAGGUAAUGGAAGUAUACAAACCAAAUGCUGUUGUUCUCCAGUGUGGAGCUGACUCUCUUGCAGGAGACAGACUAGGAUGUUUCAACCUGUCUCUUAAAGGUACAAACUACAUAUUCAUAGAAACAGUUUAUUAUUUUAUUAUAUUUAAUGUGAAACUCAGGAAACUGUGAACUCCAGAAACAUUUCUGGAAUGUAGUUUGACAGGAAAUUCAAUUAACAAUAACUCUUCACGAAAACUAUGUCAAAGUCUUAUCACCAGACAGUUCUCUUUAAAAUGUUGCUCUCCUCUCUGCCACUGUUGCCCCCUCCCCUCCCCACUUCCCACCCCUAAUUGUUAUUAGUUUUUGGGGUUGCUUGGGCCUUCCCUUCCUGGAAGUCAAUAUUGAAGAGCAAGCAAGCAUCAUUUGUAACAUUAAAACUACAAAUAAAUAUCAGUUAAGAUGAAAAGAAAGAACGGGAUUUAAGGGUGCGGAAGAUAGUAGUUAUUCAUGUAAGUUGUGAAAUUAAUUAUUUUUUGACAUUAUGAGACUGUUGGGUUACUUACAACAUGGGAAAUUACUGUGUAGUUAUACUAAAUGACGAAGUUAGCUCAUCUUGAAGCAAGGUUGGUUAUUAAAUGAAGUCUAUUUGGAGUUUAUCGUACUGUGGCUCAAACAGGUUUACUAUUAUUCUUUAAGAAAAAGUUCACUUCUUUUGAGGUGGUGUUCAUGAUUUCCCCAUGAAAAUGUAGUAACAAACUACAAUGAUAUUGAUAUGGCCUGAGUGCAUGGUAUGAACAGUCUUAAGGGGCAACUCUACUUAAUCUUUUAUUCAACUGGUGCACCUUAUGACCAUGUUAAAUCUAAAUUAUUUAUUCAUCCUAGGUCAUGCGCAGUGCGUUAACUUUGUCAAGAAGUUCAAUCUUCCACUGCUUGUUCUUGGAGGUGGUGGGUACACAAUCAGAAAUGUUGCCAGAUGCUGGACAUUUGAAACAGCAGUUGCGCUGGACUCAGAUAUUGCAAAUGGUAUGGUAACACAAAUAAGAUGGAUGUUGUUUAUUUAUAGGGAUUUUGCACUGCUUAUUAAGUCCCAAAGUUUACCUUAUAACAAGACUUGGUGAAAAAACGAUAAGGCACUUGACAAGAGGAAUAUGAGUAUAAAACAGAUUGUCAGUUUGAAUUCAUGACAGAUUGUUAUUUAAAUCUGCUUCUAGAUAUUUCUUAAUGCACCUGCAAAUUCUUUUUUGUUUGUUUGUUUGUUUGUUACACUUACCAUUGCAAUAAGAUAAAAAAAGUAAAUCUUUUCCCUUUUUUGUCAUGGUGAAGACAGAAAUUUAAUAUGUAAAUUAGUUCUAACCUCUUAUUCUAUGGACAAAAUCCUGUGAUGCAGGUACUGUAAUUAUCAGAUGUUUACUGCUAUAAUGUUCUUGAUUUGCUUAUUUUCUCUAAUCUUUUCUUUAGAACUUCCAUACAAUGACUAUUUUGAGUAUUUUGGCCCAGACUUCAAGCUGCACAUUAGUCCAUCUAACAUGGCCAACCAAAACACAAAUGACUAUCUGGAAAAAAUCAAGUAAGAGCUAACAAUACUUUUAUUCCUAAAUUGACUCUUCGUAUUAAUACCUGGUUAAUUGGUAAUAUUUUUGUCUCCUUAAUAAAAAAGACUUUGAGUACAAUAAUAAAGGAAGGUGGUAAAUUUUUAGAUUGGUAAUUGAAUGUGAAAGAUGAAUCCUUUGAGUUUUUCACUCCCAAGACUUUAUUGUUUUGUAGUCUGAAAUGUCAUCCAUGUCUUUGCCCCAUCCCCCAUUGGGUAGCACAUUUGGGGAUAGGGCAAAGAGACAUGAUAUUUCAGACUAUCUUGUGUUGUUUAGUUAUUGAGACAUUGACAUUGUAUUUUAAUCGGGUUUUAUUACUAUUAUCUUAGGCAAAGAUUGUUUGAGAAUCUCCGUAUGUUGCCACAUGCACCAGGAGUUCAGAUGCACCGUAAGUAAACAAUGCCAUGUGUACACUAAACACACUUUUAUUUACUUGUUUACCAGUUAGGUCGUUUGCUCAAUACUGAGCAUUUUAGACUGGUCUACACUUCAAAUGUAUUUACACCUAAUUUCAAUAGUGAGAUAUAAAAAAGACAAAUACAGAUGAGAAGUACCUCAAAUGUCAUAACUUAUUUUGAAUGGUGAACUCCAAAACUACUCUAGCAUCUUAAGUUUCAUCCACUAACCAUCAAUUACACCCUUGCAGAUCGUGUCAUUUUAGUCAAUUUGAAACUACAGCUGUAAUCUGCACGGGGUACAUUCUUGAUAAUUAAUUCGUAUAUUUAGGCCAUUUUUAGCCUUCUUAAAUGUUUGAUGACUCCUUGUUACACUGUGUCAUUUUGUUAGCUAUUCCUGAUGAUGCACCUGCUUUGGAAGAAAGUGAUAAUGAAGAUGAAUACAUGGAACCUGACAAAAGGAUUGGCAGUGAGUACAACACAUAUUGACAAUAAUCAACAGUUGGUUAGCUAAAUUGGUUGGGUGAAAGACUAUGGAGCAGUGGGCUCAGGUUCAAUUCUCAGACAAAAGACAACAAAAAGAAAAUGUAGGCCCCAUUUCAAAGAACUUUCAGUGAUCUGUCUCAUAAAUAAGUGCCCCCUCCUGUUCCCUCUUGUAAUGAGUAUCUGGGAAAGAAACACCUCUGGGAACAUAUUAGAGAGAUGUUGGUAUCCAUUAUCUUGCAAUCUCCUUUCUUUGCCUUUCAAAAUAAAUGGUGGCUACUAGCCUAAGAUAAUCAAUUCCGGUUUCUUUGCCUUUCAAAAUAAAUGGUGACCACUAGGCAAAGAUACCCAGUAGCCUUUUCACUUCUCCCAGAAGGUUGCAGGUUGUUGUGACGUCCUUAAAAUAACAGAGAAAUGAAGAAACCCGCCCCUAGAAUGGCAGGAUUCUUCCAUUCAUAAAAAUAGUCCAAUUAACCACCCCUUUGUUUCCAUAUUUUUCCUUUGCAGUUCGUGAUUCAGACAAACACAUCUCAAAUCCUGAGGAAUACUCUGACUCAGAAGAUGAAGGAGACAACAGAAGAGAUAACCACGUGCCCAAAGAAAGCAGGCGAAAAAAACGGAAAACAACAGCAACACCAGUCGAAAAAAUGGUGACAAAUGGUGUUGAAAAUACUGACGAAACAAAACCACCAAAAAUGGUGAAAGAAUCUAACCCCAGCACCUCCCCCGUGGAGGAGAAAGAAAAAGCCAAGAGCUCAACUGAGGGGACCCCAAACGAGGGUUCACCACAGACUGUAGCUAACGCUACUACAGAGAUGACAACAGAACCUACACCUGAACAGGAGGCUAGCAGAAAAAGGUAACAUACCCGCCUUGCGGUGGUCAUUUUCAGAGUCAAAGUGACUUUUAGGGACUACGUCACGCUUUUUGCUAUCGACAGGUAUUCAAAAAGCUUGCAACUUUUUUCGCAUCGAUUUAAUUCCAAAAAUAAUGGUCCAGUUUUGUUAUUUAAGACUAUGUAAAGGAAUUGAAACUGUUUCGUGUCGUCUGUUGCAACUGAUGGCAAGGAACUUGUCAAGUUUUAAUGUUAUGCCUUCAAAAGUCACCAAGUAAAUUAUUAUGGUUAGUACUUCCUGAUGAAAUUUGUCUGAUAGCUUCCUUAUAAUUGUACCUCUACCGGAGCAUUUUGUGUUUGGGUAAAGCCACUAAGUACUGACUUCAGGGUAGAAUCGAUCCAAAUAUCCUCGUCACAUGACCUUUUCGCGGUUUUUUUUUCAAGAAUCGACAAGUUUGGGAAAAAAUUAAUCCAAAAUUAAGUUUGAAAGUGAUUUGUUGAAAAAAAUAACAUCAUCCAGACGUUUCAUAGUCGUCAUACAAAUAGACCUUUUCGACCUUAUCAAAUUUGGCAAUUUUACUAAUUUUAAUUUUUUUUUUCAACUUUUGAAAAAAUGGACAAAACCUGACUGGAAGGUGUUGGUCGCGAUGUUAUCGUUCGUCCGUCCUGUCCGGAAUUUUACAAAAGGAAUUGUCACAUCUUUCUUUGAUUUUUAAUUCUUGGAACUUUCGUAAGUCGAAGAAACACUUUAUUUGCUUGUUCUCUGUAUUUAGCCCCGAAGCUGCCGAAGAAUCAGUACCAAGUAAAGGAGAAAAAGAAGAACCAAUGGAUGUUCAAGAAUCUGAGACCCCCGCAACCAACGAGUGAGUAUUGGAAUUACAAUAGAUUACCCUUUAUUUCUAGUCUUAUUUCAUUACUGCGUCUUGAGGCAAUAAACUAGUCCAAACAGAAAAUUAAUUAAAUUUUGGCAAGGUUUGUGAAAUAAGAUGUACAUGUAUACGAAAAGAAUAUGUUACCAGCAUAAACAACAAGAAACUUUGACAAAGUGUCCUCUUCUUUAUCGUAGUAGUUAUUCCUGUUCGUUUUUAAAAUGGUAGUUUUCCUUUUUCAAACUUUUCUUCGGAUAGUAGAUCUAGUUUGAAAUUGUGCUAAGCCGAGUUAACUUUGUCAAAAAAAGGGAGAGGUGAACUCAUUUUCUGCGCAACGAGGAGGAGUUGUUCCGGAAAUCUGUAUUUAACUCAACCAGGGUAAAGCCGGGUAAAAUAAAUAAGUAACUGCCUGUUUUUACUUUCUUUUUUAUUUAGUGAUACUUCCUCGAACACAGAGAAGCCGGCUACUGCAAGCUCAGGUGAAUUUUUGCUUUUGUGUUUGCUUGUGUAUUUUCUUAGAAGUAGUCAUCAGAUCGGCUGCACAGCAGAAUUGGGUUUUUAGCGAAAACUCUAGAAAAGAGCUUAUUUCAUUCAGAAUCAUUCUCAAUAUGACCGGCCAAUUCUGACUCUUGGUAAGCUCCCUUAGAGUUUCCAAAAGUCCGGCAAGGCUGGCUCAUCUGUCUUCAACGCUCAAAAAAGUUGUUUGUAAAUUCAGCUCUCUCUUUGUCGUAUUCGCUUGUUUGGGAUCCGAAUGGGGCCCAAAGAUAGCCGAGAUAGCUUCCCGCCAGGCUAAACAAACGACUUUUUUCCAGUCGGCCCACGGCACUUGUUUAUAUCGGAGUUUCAUGGCCCGCGUUUUGUGUUAUAAAGAUGAAGUUUAGCCUGGAAGCAAGCACUUCAUUUGAAAGGCUAACGCGCCGACGCGCCAAUCUUUCGCUGCUUGCUGGCGCGCAAUCUUCGGCGGCUCUCCCGAUAUCCAAGCAAAGGCAAAUUGUAUGUAGGUUGAGCAUGUUCGGCCAUAGAAAACUGCACCUGAAACAAUUUGAUUUUGUUUUCCAGCUAACAGUAAUUCACCUAAGCCCCCAGAGGAAGAAGCGAAAGAAAAGACACCUCGAACAGAAGAAAACCCCGCAGAAGCUGAGAGAGAAGAUGAAGCUAAGAUGGAUCAGUGAUUUAGCGUGCUUCCCGCCCCCUAAACAUACCUCACAACUUAUUUUGUCUUUGUAUGGAUCCGCGAUC